CUUCCCGCUCCCCUAUUCUCUGCCUGAAUCAGCCUUGCCAUAUGCCUCAGGAUUGAACAUCUACUGACGUUUCUCUCACCGGUCGUUACCUAAACUCGCACAAAUUCGUCCGGCAGUGUCAGCUAUCUUGUAUCUCACCGGUUUUCGUUUCUUUUCGAGUCACGCAACGCGAGCCAGCGUCUUUGGGAUGCCUACCGGUGACAGCAGCGAAGCGAGGCCUUCGAUCGCUGAGGCGACUGCGGAAAAUGGCCGGUCAUUCGUCCCGCGCUCUCAGCAGCCUGACAGUUCUAUCUCGAAGUUUGAUGUGGGUGCAAAGGCCUGGCUGCAAGACGAGGAUUGUGACCGACCCCUCUGCGAGGUGAUUGUUAUUUCCAAGAGGAGUCUUCGUGGGACUUUCCAGUAUCAAGUAAAAUAUAAAGAAACUGAAAAGACUGUGAAAGAUCCGGAUGGUACCGAUUGGUUUCCAGAGACUCAACUCACGGUGAACAAGCCGAUGUUCUGAUGAGGUAAUUGCUUGG